AUGAAGGCCACUGUUGUUCUCUCCGCCGUCCUUGGCUUGGUCUCCUCGGCCUCUGCUCACUACACGUUUGACAAGCUCCUCGUCAACGGUGCUCAACAGGGUGGUGACAACACCUACAUCCGCAAGCAUCAAAACAGCUACAUGCCCACCAAGUUCAAAAAUAUCCCUUCGGGCUCUAUUUCGCCGACUGAUGCCGAUUUCUCCUGCAAUAAGGGGGCCACUGCGGCCGCAAAGGUCUUCACCGUCAAGGCUGGCGACAAGGUUGGCCUCAAGCAGGCCUUCGGUGGCACCGGCAUGCUUCACCCCGGCCCCACCCAGGUCUACAUGAGUCCGGUCAGCAAUGCGGCCUCCGAUAAGGGCACCGGGACCUGGUAUAAGGUCUCCCAGUCCCUGCUCUGCAAGGCCGGCAACGCCGAGUCUCUCCGUACUGGCGCGUGGUGCAGCUACGGCGAGGACAACGUCCACUUCACCGUCCCUUCGACCAUCCCCAACGGCCAGUACCUCGUCCGUGGCGAGCACGUUGGUCUUCACGGCGCUCACAACGGCGAGGCUGAGUUCUUAUUACCUUAA